AACAUACUCUGUCUCCGUCACUCACUGGUGUCGAAUGUUUAUUGUUUUCGAGACAUUGAAGUUUUAUCAGAAAGUUUUUAUCAGCAAUGUUACAUGUUUUAUGUACCUACAAUGUAGUAAGUAACCUAUGAGUAACCUAUUAAAUUUCAGUCUUGCUGAUUUGAAGUUUCUUUGAUCAUUUCCUGCGCUCAAAGUUCUGACAAAGUCGAAAUGUCUUGGGAAAAAAUGGUAUUUGUAGGAGUAAUCGCAUUUCCGCGAUCCCUGGAUACACUAUUGAUAACCUAUGGAUAUCUAGCUGUUGAAAAUGGAAAGGUGUCAAAGCGUGGCACUCUACAUGAAUUCUCUGAAAUGGAGAAAGUAAAUGCAUGGUCAGAUUUCAACGUCAUCCGCUUAACCGACAGCCAGUUCAUAAUGCCUGGGCUCGUAGAUUGCCACACCCACGCUCCUCAGUUCCCCAACAUCGGGCUUGGCCUAGAUAGGCCAUUGCUUGACUGGUUGGAGAGAUAUACUUUUCCCCUCGAGAAACGCUAUGUGGAUGCCCAGUUUGCUGCAUCUGUUUAUGAAAAUGUUGUUCGCCGUCUGCUGGACUGCGGAACUACCACUGCUUGCUAUUUUGCCUCCAUCCACCUGGAAGGCACAAUGGAGCUGGUGAAGAGUGUCAUUAAACAUGGUCAGCGUGCCCUAGUGGGUAAAGUCAGCAUGAAUGUUCGCAACAAUGCUGGCUAUUACAAUGAAACUGAGAAAGAAAUUGCUGAUGUGGAAUACUUUAUCAAGAGAGUAUUAAGCUUUAAGCAUGAUUUAAUUGCACCGAUUGUGACACCACGGUUUGCGCUGAGCUGUGAUGAACAGCUCAUGACAUGCCUGGCUAAAAUUGCAGAAAAAUAUGGAUGCCUUGUGCAGACCCACAUAUCCGAAAAUUUACGGGAAGUGGAGCAAGUUUUGCGCAACAACCCAAAAUGCAGCAGCUAUGCUGAGGUUUAUGAUAAAUGCAAGCUUCUGAACCAUAAGUGCAUCUUGGCUCAUGGUGUAUAUCUCACCGAUGAUGAAAUUACACUCCUCAUGUCAAGAAAAGUCUCUGUGGCGCAUUGUCCAGCUUCCAACACUCGGCUAAAAUCGGGUUUAUGCCCGGUGCGGAAGCUAUUGGACCAUGCGAUCACGGUGGGCCUUGGAACAGAUGUGUCUGGAGGUGACAAUGCCACCGUGCUAGACGCAAUGCGUCGCGCAAUGGACGUGUCGACGCACUUGGAGUUUGCUCAGGGGAUUGGUCCCAGCAUUGGUUGGAAGGAGGCCGUCUGCCUCGCCACGCUGGGGGGCGCGAAAGCUCUGAACCUGGAGGACAAGAUUGGCACCUUCGACGUCGGCAAAGAGUUCGAUGCGCUAUUGAUCGACGUGUACGCAGCGAACGGGCCGAUAGACCGGUACAACCACGCGGCGGAGAAGGGCAAGGACGCCGCGGCCACGGCGCUGGUGAAGCGCUUCGUCUACCUGGGCGACGACAGGAACAUCGCUCAGGUCUACGUCAAGGGGAUUAAAGUCAAAGAUACCAUGAUCUAAUAACUGCAAGUUUGCUGCCGUCAAUCAACUCCUCAGUUAUUUCAUCAGACGACCGUAUUCAGACUAGUGUCAGCAUCGUCAACGUACAUAUCUACGUGUGUAAUAACUAAUAUACCGAAUGUCCUCUUAUCCCAAUCUCGAUGUUGUGAUGUGUCCGAAUCCGAAUUUACCCCAAAUAUAAAUCAAUUAUCUGGAUGUUGUGUUAAUAGCUUUAAGCGU